AUGGUUCAUAAUGAAAUGGAAUCUUCAAUACGAAGUCCCGCAAAUGAUCAUAUGGUUACUAAUCCAAUCAAGAUACCGAAAAGCCCUAAUGUUAACAAUAUAAAUGAAUCAGGGGUCGAUGUGUAUGAGAAUAGUGAGGGUAGUUAUAACAACGCCGUUGCAUCGGGUAUCCGCUUUAAUACUUGUGAUGUACCUACAGAUAACAGUGUGAAUAGUAGUCCAAAUGAAGAAUAUUACAAUAAUGUACAAGUUCCUGAUUCUACUGAAGUGCCAGAAGGAUCAAUAAAAGAGUUAGGCCCAAUUUCAAAUUCUAAUGAUAAGGAAACACAUCCUCAGCUUUCUGAUACACAAUACAUCGAUAAUGAUAAUGUCAAUAAGCAAACUACAGCAACAAAUAAUGGACCUCCUGAAAAAAAUACCCAAGAUAAAAAAGUUGUAGCUCUAGCUGAUUUUGCAGCUACUCCUGAAAACAUUGCAGAAUUUCAAACCGAUAAACUGCUUGAUAUGUUGAGUACUUUAUUGGAUAAAAUCGUUUUGUCAAAUGAUAGACUACAUAUCAAUACCAUGGAUAAUACAAUUGAUGAACAUAUUGAUUCAACCAUAAUUAAGCCUGUAUCAUGUUUCAGAGGUAAGCAUGUUCCACAGAUAAGUUUGGAACAGUAUUUUCAAAGAAUUCAAAAGUAUUGUCCAAUCACUAACGAUGUCUUUCUGUCUUUGUUAGUAUAUUUUGAUAGAAUCUCAAAAAAAUGUAAUAAUAUUAAUUUAGAGAAAGAAAAUGUAAUAAGUAAUGAUGCAGAUGAAUCUCAAAAUAACGUCAAACAAAUGAAAGAUGAAAAUAACAGCAGCAUUGUAAAACCACAGGUGUUUGUAAUGGACUCAUUUAAUAUUCAUAGAUUAAUUAUUACAGCAGUGACUGUAAGUACUAAAUUCUUUAGUGACCUAUUUUACAGUAACUCAAGAUAUGCAAGAGUUGGAGGGAUAUCUCUUCAAGAGUUAAAUCAUUUAGAAUUACAAUUUUUGAUACUUUGUGAUUUUCAGUUGAUGAUCUCUGUUGAGGAACUUCAAAGGUAUGCUGGUCUACUUACAAAAUUUUGGUGCAAUAAUAAUACUGGCAAUGACAAUAAUAAUGGUAAUGAAACUAAUAAUGAUAGGAAGUAA